UUUCGAGAUCAGUUACACGGUAUGUUUGGCAUUUAUUACGAUACAGAAGGCGCGCCCGUACUUGGCUCGUCGAGGUUCUAUCAGGCUGUACCAUACGCUGGUGCGGGUGGUAGCCUUGAGCGCCCUAACCAUGGUUCGUCGUCCACAUAACUAAUAAUGGCCCAGUGUCAUCUGCACAAUAGCACCCAAGUCCGUACGACGAACACGCACGAAAGCUAAACCCCAUUUCACUCGCCGAAAACGAUCAAAUGCCUUCACAACCGCCCGACUCCGGCUGGGACUUCAGCUCCGUUAUCAACUUGAUAGACUCGGGAGCCCAAGACGUUAGCAGCCCAACGCUUCGGCCUGCGGCGCCACCCAAAGCUUCUGGGCUGAAAGAUGGAGGAAUACGCCUAGGAAGCUUCUCCAAGCUAUUCGAAAGCUUAGGCUUUGCCGAUACCGACGCCGCGCCACUGCCGCCACUCGAUCCUGAGUCCGAACUGAGCAACUCUGAUGAGGCGUUACUACCAUCCCCCACUUUAGAGUCCACCAAGACGCCUGCCAAUCAUAUCGAGAGUCCAGACGAGGAGCCCAUAGAGAAUACGGGUUUGACCAAGACCCAACGGAAGAAGGCUCGCAGACGUGCCGAGAAGGAACUGGAAGAAGAGCGAAAUCGUCAACAGGCUGUUCAAGACACCUUGGCUCAGCUUGCAGAGGAGCGCGAGCAAAGAAAGCAGCAAGCACAACAAGCGUUAUUGCGGAAGCAAUUGAACGAUAAUACCGACAUUAAUACCAAGGUCGUUGAUGUGCCCGAAACGCCAUCCAAGACCUCCCGAACACACUCGCGAUCCAACGUGGGCGCUAAGAUCAGGCCUGCGACUCCUACCCCGGUAGCAGCACAGGAUACAUCCGAAGCCCCUCAAACGCAACAAAAGCAGCCCAGGACCCCCAAGUCCCGCCCCAGCAUACUCAAGCGGCCUUCUGUGGCCCAGCCAGCAACCCCUCGACCCCUUCAACAAGUGCCGGUCGUAGUUCCUUCCACUGCACCCGCACCCGCCCAGAUCCAAUACAAGCCAUUUGGCACACCUGCACCAAGCCAGGACACUUUGGCCGAGGCUCAACAACUGCCCCGUGCCAUCACACCAGUACAUCAUGGUCUUGUUCCCCGCACUGUUCGACCUGUCACUCUACCACGAACUUGCUCCCAACCUGCUGUUGCUCAACAGCCACCCACUACCCCAACGCCAAAUGUUGCCUCACUCAGUGGACGGCGACCAUCGCUCGCGAUUAGAUCGCAAGUAGAGCGUCAUUACCAUUUGUUUAACAAAUUGUUGAACACCUUCCCCGAAGACCGAAAGUGGCUAGUAUCGCCUAUGCAACUUCUCAGUGAGCGAGAGUCGGCGCAUGGAUUGCAUGUCUUUGUUGAUGCCUCGAACAUCAUGAUAGGGCUGAAGGACAUGCUCCGAAACCACGGAUUGCGACAUGAUGCGUACGACAUGUCAUUCGACAGUCUUGCGCUUCUGAUGGAGCGUCGCCGGCCUGUCGCAAAGCGUUUCUUUGCUGGGUCGCACCGUGAAGCCAAUCCUCUGCCACAUGUGGCCAAGUUGGUUGAGACAUCCAAGGCCGUCGGUUACGACAGCAUCAUGCAAGAGCAGGUACUCAUUGUACGCGAAGACUCGGACAAGAAGAAAUUCUUCAACGAUGUCAAGAAGAUGGGCUGGCACAAGGCUACUCAAAUGCGUGCUGAGAGCGGCAGCGACUCUGAAACGGGUCCGCCGGCUCCCAAGACACCUUCAGCCCCGAAAUGGGUUGAGCAGGGUGUCGACGAGAUUCUUCACUUGAAGAUGUGUCAGAGCAUCAUUGAUACCGAAGUGCCGAGCACCAUGGUUCUCGCGACUGGAGAUGGGGCUGUUGCAGAGAUGUCGGACGGCUUUCUUGCCCACGUUGAACGGGCCCUGAAGAGAGGCUGGAAGGUGGAGUUGAUUAGCUGGGGACAGCAGAUCAACAGUGGAUACCGGAAGCGCCAGUUCAGGUCCAAGUGGGCGGAACAGUUCACGAUUAUCGAACUCGAUGAGUUCUUGGAGGACCUUAUCGACACACCCUAGGAUAGUGAUGGACAUACGUGACUUGAUGUUUUGAUGGAGGAUGCGUUUUGUGGAUGUUAGCACGCGAUACGAUAUACGAACGAGCAUGGCGUUUGCAUGUCGGCUUGACUGGGU